CCGCUUUCCUGUCCGUAUACACGUUCGAUAAGCAGCGUCAUGGACCAGAUUACGUCGCCGCUUGCACCACCGCGCUCUGCCAGCGGCAAAAGCUCUCUCUCCGGGGCGGCGAAUGAGGGUCCUCAGAAUGUGACGAAGCGGCUCAGUAACGAGCUCAUGGCUCUGAUGAUGUCGUCCUCGCCGGGAAUCUCUGCUUUCCCGAAGUCGGACGCGAACCUCUUCGAAUGGGCGGGGACCAUUGAGGGAGCACCAGGAACAAUAUAUUCCGGUUUGACCUUCAAAAUCUCAAUACUGUUCCCUCCGAAUUAUCCGUAUGUCGCGCCGACGAUCAAGUUCGACACGCCGUGUUAUCACCCGAACGUGGACAUCACCGGUGGUGCAAUCUGCUUGGACAUUUUGCAGGACAAAUGGUCCGCCGUGUAUAGCGUGCAGACGAUCUUACUCUCCCUGCAGUCGCUGCUCGGAGAACCGAACAACGCCUCCCCGCUGAACCCGGACGCGGCACAGCUCUGGGACGACCCUGAACAGUACAAGGUGCAGCUCAUGAAGUUCUACCGCCCCAUCGGCGACUCGUCCUGAACGCAGCUUCUCUUCGCACCACGUCGUGAUCCGUUGUCGCCGCCUCGCUGUCCCCUCCGAGUCCUUUUAUGUUUUCUCAUGUUGUAUCUCUCAUGUUCGUAAGGUAUAAUGUAUACAUUCCAACACGUUUUUGCCAUAGCCAUCAAUCAUCCC